AUGAUAUUUAGUGGUAUUCCACAUGAUGAAAUUCAACCUAAAGUUAGGAAAUUUACAACCAAAGGAGUUUGUAAGUAUUGGUUGUUUAACAAUUGGAUGGUGUCUAUUACAAAAUAUGAAUAUGCAAAGGAUUUCUUAUCAGAACCAGCAAAUCCUGCAUUUAACCGUGCACUUUCACCAGAAGCUGUCGGGAAAAUAACAAUUGAUUUGAUGAAUUUACUUGAUAAAUUAGUUGAUCAACCAUUUGAUAUCUUUAAAGUAAUGCAAAGAACCACCAUACAGAUUUUAGGAAAAAUUGCAUUUAGUUAUGAUUUCAAGUGCCUAGAAAAUUUAGAAACUCGACAUGACUUGAUUGAGACCUAUAUUAAACUUCUAAGGUCACUUCGUAACCCAAUUGCUUUUAUUUUACCAUGGUUAACUGCUGAAAAAGAAGGUUAUGAAAUCUCUUCUAAUGAUUUAAGAGAUGAAUUGGUCACUUUUUUCUUAGCUGGACAUGACACAACUUCACAUGCUUUAAGUGUCGCUUUCUACUACAUAGCUAAAUAUCCUAUACAAAAUAAAGCUAGAGAAGAAGCAUUUAGUGUCUUGGGUGUGAAAGGAAAAAUUCCAACUUCAGAAGAUUUAAAGAAACUUAAAUAUAUUAAUGCAAUAAUCAAAGAAUCUUUACGUCUUUAUCCAUCAUUGGCCAUAACUAUUCCACGCCUUAACAACAAAGAAUUGAGUUAUGGCCAAAUAAUAAUUCCAAAAAAUACUCGCACAAAUGUUAAUAUUUGGGCAAUUCAUCAUGACCCAGAAAAUUGGUCAGAUCCUGAUACAUUUAUUCCAGAAAGAUUUUUAUCAAAUGAAAAUGGUGAUAAUCUACAUGCUUGGAUGCCUUUCUCUUCUGGAUCAAGAAAUUGUAUCGGACAAAAUUUCUCUUUAAUGGAACAACGUACAAUAAUUUCAAUGUUAUUAUUAAAUUAUGAAAUUAGUUUACCACAAAAAUCUCCUCAUAAAGAUAAAUUAGUAUUAACCGGUGGAUCUCUCAUUUCACCAAAAAAUUUGGAUUUGAUAUUUUCAAAAAGAAAAUAA